CUCGGGCUCUGCAGGGGGGGGGGGGGGCGACCGGGGCCGCGCCCGCGCCGCUGCGCGCGCUGGCAGCGACCCCCCCUGGGCGGCCGGCGGCGCGGGCGGCCGCGGCUCCAAGAUGAUCCACGGGCUGCUAGACCAGAUCCUGCCCGGUCUCUCGGACGAGGAGGACGACCCCAGCCCCGACGCAAGGUACGUCUUCAGCCCUGGCGAGCCUGCGCAGGGGACUCCGAGCCCGGGGACCUGCAGCGCGCUGAUAGUCUGCAGCCCGGGGGCUGCUUCCGGCUUCGCCACCGGCGCGUUCCGUCUGCGUGCGGUGCCCUGGCGGCUCGAGCUGAAGGGGCUGGAGCGCAGCUACCCGCCGCCGCCCAGGCCUCCGAAGUUCUUCGUGGUGGAGGGCGCGGAGCAGGCCGUGGCAGUCGCGCUCCUCGACGACCAGGU